AUGGCGAUCGAUAACACAAGGGAGAGCACGUACACAGAACCUGUUUAUUACCGCCCCUGCGGAGUGAGGAAAAUGAUCGGUGACAUUUGGUUCUAGAUGAAUAAUUUUUCUGUUCUAAAAAAAGAAUGUCUAAAGCAGAUAAAGGACUAGAGCCUAUAAACAAUUUUAAAGAUGCAAAGUCCUGAGUGAUUUGUUCUGCAUCAGUUUGACAAGCUACAGGUGAAUCAGGAUGAGGUUCAAUGCCAAGGAGCUGGCUGUGGUCAUGCAGCAAGUCACCAGUGUGGAUAAGGAAGGCAUUUUGUACAUGAAGGAACGACAGGACAGCAUAUUCAAAAAAAGUGAAGUCUAUGUUGAUAGGUUUUGCAAACUCAAGGGAAACCUCUUGUUUUAUUUCAAGAACAAAGAAACUAAAACAGAACCAUUAGGGGUGCUAGUGCUGGAGAGGUGCACUGUAGAGCUUGACCUUGAAGAAGAGGCUGCCAACUCUUUUAUUCUUGUCUGUGAAGGGGAAGACAAUCCAUUUAAGUUUGCUGCCACAACAGAAGAAGAGCGAGAUAGAUGGAUCCAGGCGUUACAUAUGGCCAGUUACGAGUGCCUUAAGAUGCAGCUUCAGUCCCUGCGUGAACAACUUCAGGCUCGCACCGGACGAGACCCGGUCACUCUUCCUGACCGCCUUCAUGCCGGUCUGAACCUGGACUUUCAAACCGAUUCAGAAACUGAGGACCCUGUACUGGAGAUUUCUCUGUACAGUCAUGCUAAUCCUCCCAGCUGUCUGGUCGUAGUUCACGUCAUUGUACCAUUUCAACAACAGCUUUGGGUCUAUCACAACCACACAGACAUUGCUGAGAGAAGCAGCAAUCCAAUGUUUCUAAAAACCAUAGGAUUUGGUGACAACAGUGGAGUUGAUACCAGCCAGCGAGUGCGCUUGAGUGUCUACAGUGUUAAAGAACGCAUGACAGGAACGAUGGCACAGCUGGGGCAGGCCAUCUUCACUCUGCAGGAUGUACUAAUGGCCCCAGAUAUGACUCUGAAACCUCAGCCUCCAAAGACCUUUAACAACAUUAAAUUUGCUGAUGCUAUUGGUGUGAGCCAUGACAUCAAAAGUAAAGCCAGAAUAACUGUCAUGGCCUGGGUUAACGACAAGAAAUCCACUCUCCUUUCCUCUCAAGACUCAGCAGUGUCAGAACUUUCUGAAGAAGGUAAGAAUCUGCUGUCUCCUAGAGGAAGAGGAACAAUUUUCCUGGGGGAAGUGCGAAGCUGUUUACAGCUUCACUUCUGCAAUAUUAUCAAAAGAUCUUUUCGUUUUGCAACAAAUAAUGAGUCUACCAGUUUACAAGUGCAUGAGUAUAUGGCCGAGUUCAAACAUGCCUCCAGCAUCCCAGCACAGUUAUUACAGAUCUGGAUUAAUGAAGAGAAACAUUUAAAAUCUCUGCUGGAUGAUCUGGGUGAGUUGAGUACAGAAGCUGGGAAAACUCAACAGAAGAUGAUUCAAAUGACGGAAAGUACCAUAAGUCUUUAUUCCCAUCAUUAUGAACAACUUGCACAAGGUGUAGGAUUCAAGCGAAGUAUCGACAAGGACAGACCUGAACUGGAGUUUGUCCCAGUUAACCUGCACUUGGAGACUAUGGCUGUCUCCAAAGACAGUAGCAAGUCUGGUAGUGUGUAUGAUGCUUUAACCAUGGGGGCACCAACAGCAUUCAUCAGAAAGUACAAGAGUGGAGGUCUUCGACGUAUGCUUCAGCACCGUAGUGUGUCCCAUACCCCAGACAGCACAGUGCAAGCACAGACAGUACCACAGCAUGCCUGCUGUCUGUACAACACUGUCACACAGCUGAGGUCGACUAUUAUCGCCCUGUCAUCAGAGCUGAGCAACUCGGAUAGCACAAGUAGUUCUGACAAACUGGCCUCUCUGGUGGAUGAACUUGCAGCAAAAGCUCGUAGACUGGUGCGCCUGUGUGAAGACCCGGUGCUAUGUGCAGGGGCAGAAGACUAUCAGCAAGAAAGACAGCUUAGCAUGGAUUUGGAUCACAGUACACCCUCAACCAGCACCAGGCAGAACUCCACGAAUGUUGCAGAUGAUGUAGAUCUUUUCCUGGAACCUUGGGUGGUGACCAGACUGAACUUAGAGGCAGCCAUUGUCAACCUGAUCUCCACUGUAGAAAGUCUGAGCAGUGGAGGACAGGAUCUGGAACCUGAUCUUUGGCAUUCUCACUUGUGCAAAGCAGUGCUUAAACUUCAAAGCUCAGUAGAAGCUGUUUUAUGCAAGAUUUCCAUUUUUCUGAUGUUCCUGAUCAUAAAAGAUCAGCGAGACAAUGUUCACAAACUACAUGAGAUAAAGUGCAGGCGUGAUAUUGUCAAUGCUCAUGCAAUUACAGCACUGGUGGCAGGCUAUGUUCCGUAUAUCAAGUCCCCAUCACUCCUGACAGACAGUUUCCUCCAGCAGCUGAGUCACUGUGGCCUGCUAGUGGAAGUAGAGAGUCUCCUAAGUUGUUAUGGCGAUGAGCUUGGCAUGAUUGAGGACAUGAGUGUGGCUGUGGAUGACCUUCGUUAUGUUUCACUGCAGUUCAUUGAAGCUUGUGAUGGUGAUAUAUCACCAAAAAUCACCAAGGGAAGUGAUGUAAGGCAAGGAAUUCACCCAGACUUCAGUAGGCAUGUGUUGUGUGUGCAAAUCCCCUUGGACAAGCUCACCUUUUCAUGUUUCCCUGAAGAGCUGCAGAAAGGCAAGAAUAUCAAGGUGUGCCCAGUCUUUUUCAAUAUUGGCAUCAAUGAGGAGGCUACUUAUGCUGAAAAGUUUGGCAAUACUUCUUUACAAGAUCGCAUCAAUUCAGAGAGUUUUACAGCCUUGAGCUCUUAUUAUGGAGCUGUGAAAAAACUGCAACAGGACUCAGAGGAAAUGGAGAGUGGGCCUUUGAACCACCUGAUGAAGCUGUUGCACGCCAACGUCAGCACAAAGAAGAGCAAGAAUGUGGAAAUACUUCAUCUCACUGAAGAGAUAUGCAGAAGUCUAAGGGGUGUCCGGAUUACAACCUGUAAAAGUGGAAAGGAUCGAACAUCGAUGGCAGUUACACUUGAGUUUACCCAGCUGUUGCAGAAACAUCAUGAUCUUGCUUCCCAUGUCUUUUGGCAAGCUCUGGACUGUUUUCGCAGUGUUGGCUGUCGGAGAGAGAAUACUUCCAAGAACACCGGUGUUAAAAAGUAUGCUUUCAACCGUUUUCAGAUGUUAUACAUUCCCAAGCUGUACCGAGCACCAGGGGGCACAUAUGGAAAUAUUCUCACGUGACAGGUUUUAACGUGUUAGAGCAAACUUUUAAAUGUUCCAUUACAAAAUGUCAAUGAGUUGGGAACUUCGGGAAAUAUCUGAACAUAUUUUAGCAUGUUAGAAAUACCCACAAAUGUUGAAGUCACAUACAAUGUACUGAAAUGUUAGUAAAAUCGUAGUUUACAUGACAGCCUCCACAGAAUUCUUGCACAGCACAGUACAAAGAGUUUAGCAGAAUGCAAGAUCAGGACUUCAUUGACUUCGACAUUUUUUUAAUUCAUUCACGCCAUAAGAGGUAUGAAAUUUUAACUAUACACAACUGAUGGUUCACCCAUACAAAGCUUGAUCAAAUGUACACAGACUUCAUUCUAAGAUAUUGAAGACAUCUAUAAGUUUUUGUUUAAAAUCGGGGUAUAUUUUUAAAAGAUUAUGCCAUAGACUUGUAGGGCUCUUGACUGUUAAGUUACAUAAGCCUGUUGCACUUAUAUUGCACCUGCAGCUUGUCAGAAACAAACUGUGCCUGGUUAAAUAAAUGCAAUUUUCACUGAUUUUUUUUCUUUUUUGCACAACACAUCUGGGUUUCAGGAACAAAGACGUGCAUAUCUCCUUUAGCACAAACAACUACUACCUACUUUCCCUUUGUAGGUAUUCUAUGAAAUAUCUUAGUACUAUGUGGUAAUAAUUUAUUAUCAUAGCAUUUCAUAUAUCAUCACAGAAAUAAGCUAGCAAAUGUGCGAGCAUUUAAAUUUGCAUUUAUAACGGUCCAUUUUUAGAGCUUUAGGGGUUUUCUGUUAUUUUUGACAGGAAAUAUUGUCAUGUUUUUGAACCUUAAUAAUACAGUAAAAUAGUAAUUUUCUUGUUUAUAUUUUUAUGAAAGUGAAAUUUCUAAGCAAUAGAUACACUCAUGGACUGGAACUUGGUUUAUCUACUAUGUGCAGCAGCAACAUUGAGCACUUAAUCAAACUCUGCUUUGCUCUCUUUUAUACGAUGUCAUCCAAGUUCUUUCAUCGCCUGUUAUGAUCAUGUAAUUUAAACUCCACUAUUGUUACAUACUAAUACAUUGUCUCUGGUGUUCACAGAAGCCAAAUGAAGCACCUCUUUUUUAUAUUGAAAUAUUUGACCUGUGUCUCUCAACUGACAUCCUCAAAACAGAUCAGUUGUGAACUUUCAAUUGAUAUUUGUUUGAUGCUCUCUGUUGUUUAAGAACAAUUUUGAACAAAGCUGUUUUAGUUCUAAUUAGCAAACUGUACAAAGAAAGCCGAUUUUAUGCUUACUUGCAUGCAUUGCAAAGAGAACUUUUGCUUUGACCUUUUUCCCAGCAUAAAUAGUUGACUUGCUGGAUUCAGUAUGACAUAGUUACAUGUUACUAACAAAAUCCUUCUGUUGCUGAAUAUUAGCAUAGUUUUGUCAAAAAUUGUUUUUAUAAACUGAAUUUUUCAAUUUUAGUAACAGCUGGUAAUGAAGGCUUUUUGAUAUAUUUUAAUAUUGUUGCAAACAAAAAGUUAUUUUUAUUACGAUUGAAUUGUCAGAUUCUUCUAUUUCUUUAACUCAUUCCCAAAUUAGUUAACAGUUCUGGUGUUAAUACAUUUCUAAAACUUAAAACUCUCCUUAAGAAGCAAAUUCAGAAACAUUUUUCAAUAAUUGAUCCUAUGCCAAUUAGAUGUCUUGCAAAAGCAAAAACAAAAAAAGUAUUGUGCUGGUGGGAACAAAAGUCUGACUUAAGCAUUUUAUUUAAAUUUUUGUUUUAAAAACAUUUAAAACUGUGUUGUGUACUGUGCUUCUAUGUAACUGAUUACCUAAAUAGAUGUAAGGCCUAAAAGUGUUUAAAAUUUGAAAUGUUAUGUAAAUGGGGCCUGUUGUAAAUACAUAUUUAUUAAAUCCUGCUUGGUACCACAUGGCCCAGACCCCAACCAUAAGUUACUUCCUGUGAUUUUUCGUGUCUGAUAUCCGAGAAUUCUGCAGUGGAUUGAUAGACUUCGUUUGUCCUGCAAUUGUCUUGCUGGCUAACAAUCUGUUGAUACUUGUGUUAUCAAUGCUACUAUCUUCAAUGUUAGUAAUAUGGACGUAACAACGAGAAACUGCAGUGAUGGUCAGCCCAUCACAUCUGAGAGAAUACACUGUUGGACAUCUGUUUCAUCUAUUUACAUAGUGUGUACAUGUAUUUAUGUGUGUUAGGGCAGUCAUACAUGCACACACACACUCACAAUUGUUUGCUUCUCACUCACUUUCACAUGAACAUAGGAUAAUAAUAAUUAACAAAAAUAUAGCACGUUUCUCUACAUAGCAAAAGGCUUAGUGCAGUAGAGAUCACUAGUCUAUGAAGUGGGCGAUAAGGAGAAGAAACGUGGCAUUGGCGCAGAAGAACAAUCUAGAAGACAACAGGUGAUGUAACAGGAGUACAAAUCAACAGAAGACACAGAGCACGACAUGAAUAUAUCAUUAAGAAACAGACGUAGUUUCACUCUUAAGUGAAGGGCAUCAUUCUCUAUUCAGCAAUAUACAUUAUCAGUUCACUGCCCCAGAUCACAGUAGAUCAUUUAUAAAUUUUUGUUAACUUUUCAGAGCAAUAAACAAAGUGCAUUCUGUACAACAAUACAUUAUAACAGCCAGAUGAAGAAUAAAACUGAACUACAUUUACGUAAAUAUUGAAACGCAUUUUCAGCAGAAAAGUGUUGACCUUCAAAUAUUGCUAUUGUGUGAUUUGUGCUUAAAUGUAAUAAAAUUACGGGCUAGUGUGGAGUAGCCCUAUUGUUUACUUUCAGUAUUAUGUGAAAUAGAGCCCUAACACUGUUUUAAUGCUUUAUUUUCUUUUCCAUAAAGUUGCUUAGAUUGCAGUUCAUCUAACAUCAGGAAUAGGGUCACAAGAAGAAAAAAAGAAUUUUUUCCUGUCCCCUUGCUUGCUAUGCAUCUGUGGGGUUGUUGGGGGGAGCAUGUAUUUAUAUUUCAAGUUGUGGUUGUGUGUACAUGAAAUGAGUCUGUCAUUUUCAAUAUUUUGUAGAUGUCAUAAGAAAUUUAAUAAAAUAGAGAAAAUGAAGUCAUUAGUAUUUGUACUGGAAAUAAUCAUAGUUCAUCUUGAAAUUGGUAGAGAGUUUUUACUAAGUGAUGCUACAUUGAACUGUUAGUUUGCCUCAUCCACUGUUUAGGCUGACAGGAUGUUUUAGUCACUAGACCGAGUGAGCCUUGAAACAAUGACCUGCUCAGUAGUUUUUAAUUUGUUGUUAAUAAAGGACAAAGGAGCACAUCUAGACAAAAAAGGAACCAAACUGUCAAAUUUUGAUGCCUCGAAUUUAUGUCAGCAAUGAGUAGAGCGACAAGGGCAAUAUUGUUUAAUAUUGUGUUCUUUUUAUUUGGAUCUUUGACUCUCAGCAAGGAGUCAUUUUGUUGUUGUUUAUUUAUACACCUUUUUACUGUUGUUUACAGAGGAUUGUUUUGUGUUUGAAGUUGUGUACAGUUGCAGUAUGGAUACUUCAGGUAUAGAUCACAAAGAGGUUGAUGUCUUCAUGUGUUGCAAGCAACUGAUAUAAGUUUCUAGAGGUUUGUGUUGGCAUGUACCAUUUGGACCUUCAAGUAUUGGAGAGAAGAGAAUGCUGUUAACAUUAAAAACUCUGUGACUGAAUCUUGCCAGCUUUUAUCUUUUCCUGAAAAGAUGGCAAUAAGACAUGACUGCAUAAAACCCAGAAAGAUAAUUUUCUUGUUGAUCUAAUUGUGAAAAUGCUGUCAUUAAAGAGGAAGCAUAAACAAUAUGUAUGUGGAGCACAAAUGUGUGUUGCAAGAUGGGCUUACCCGCGGAGUGGAACAAAGUCACCAUUGUAACAUGAAUCACAGAGGAGUCCUAAUGUAAUGAGAGGCCUUUCAUGAAUAAACAGAAAAUCAUGA